AUCCAUUUACAUGCACUAGCAAAAUCACGAAUUAUAUUGUUUCUUUGACUUUCCCUCUGCUCGUUUUAUUUCACCCAUUCAUCACUGAGAGUGAGAGUGUGAGACUGAGGCUCUCUCUCUCUCUCUCUCUCUCUCUCUCUCUCUCUGCUCUAGAAUCAUUCAUAAUCAAUGGCGGCGGUUGUUGUGAGCGGCUUAAGGGUGAGUACGACGUCGGUGAAGGAGACGAAGGCUCUUCUGUGGCGCAAAUUGGGAACGGGUGGAACAAGUAUAAAGAUGAAGGUUCACGCUGAUGAAUGCAUUCCCAUACGAUUGUCUCCUUCUGGUGUUCUGAAUAAAAGAAUGGAACCUUACCCUCAUAGGCCUCGCAAGAGCACUGAUUGUGAUCCACAUUUCAUGAAGGACUGGACUACUCCAAAUCAUGGUCCAAUACAGAGCGUAAGAAGGGGUCAAAGUAUUUCUGGGAAGUCAAAUCUGUCUGUUAAGGCAAGGAAAUCUAAUGGUGAAAUUGAUCCAUUCCCUCGUUGCGUUGUUCUUGACAUUGAAGGAACUACUACUCCCAUAUCGUUUGUUUCAGAGAUUCUUUUCCCGUAUGCCCGUGAUAAUGUUGGGAGGCAUCUAUCUGCAAUAUAUGAUACCCCUGAGACUAAGGAUGAUAUCAGGUUGCUCCGCUCCCAAGUUGAAAAUGACCUUGAGCAAGGGAUUUCAGGUGCUGUGCCUAUACCCCCAGAUGAUGCUGGUAAAGAGAAAGUAAUUGAUUCUCUAGUUGCUAAUGUUGAUGCUAUGAUUAAAGCUGAUAGAAAAAUCACUGCCUUAAAAGAGUUGCAGGGCCAUAUAUGGCGAACAGGUUUUGAGAAUAAUGAAUUGGAGGGAAUAGUUUUUGAUGAUGUACCAGAAGCUCUAGAAAAAUGGCAUGCCUUGGGAACAAAGGUAUACAUAUAUUCUAGUGGUAGCAGGUUGGCGCAAAGGCUUAUAUUUGGAAAAACAAACUAUGGGGACCUCAGGAAAUAUUUAUCUGGCUUUUUUGAUACCGCAGUGGGGAACAAAAGAGAGACACGAAGUUACGUUGAAAUUUCUCAGUCACUUGGUGUUGAUAAGUCGUCAGAUAUUUUAUUCGUCACUGAUGUGUUUCAAGAAGCUACAGCUGCUAAGGCAGCAGGUUUAGAGGUGAUAAUUUCUAUUCGACCAGGAAAUGGGCCCCUCCCUGAAAAUCAUGGGUUCAAGACAAUAAAAUCCUUCUUGGAGAUCUAAGAACAACUGCACUCAUCUGGGAUGACAUUAAAUAUGUUCUGUUAUCUAAGGCAGCUGAUAUUAUGUACUACUCCCUCCAACUCAAUUUUCACUCUUUUGAAGUAGCAAUUUCCUAGUAGAA